AUGCCCACGGGCUUCACUGGCGCGCCAGAGGCGGUGGGGGAGGUUUGGAAAGCUGACUGGUACAUCCCCCACUGCUACAAGAUCCCCGCAUUGGCGCAACUCAACCACCUAUUGGCGCAAAUCCCCCGCGCGCCCACGCGGAGCGAUGUCUGGCACGCGGGGGCCGGCCCCGCGGACCUCCGGCGUUUCCACAACGACCUGGGGGAGGUCGUAUCUGAGGCAGAGCUCGCCCAGAAGCAGCUGGGAAUCUUCCUCCAGGCCGUGCAGACGACUGCGGCGGGGCUUCAGAAGGAGAUCGGGAAGCGCCUCUCGGCGGAGAAUCCGUCCGUUUUCCGGAAAUGGAUUCAGAAGCUUCCUGGAUUCGACGACCCGUUGCUUGCGGGAGGGGUAGGCGGGGGCGUGGGGCACGACGGUUCGCACAGCAGGAGCAACAGUAACAGUAGCGGGGGCGCCGGGAGCGGCGGGAACGGCAAUGCGGCGUGCGGGAAGCUGACGGACGGCAGCAAUGCGUCGUCGCCAGCGAAUAAGGUCAGCAGCGACUCGCCACGCGACGACAGCGCACCGACUCUGCAGCCGUCGAAAGUCGCCCUUGCGAAUCGCAUGCGAUCGAAAUCCAUGAACGUAGUGUCGUCGGGGUCGCUCUUUCGAUCGCCGGACGACAGCAGCGUCGCCAAGCCUCUAGGCCCGGAAGUUUCACCCAUCUUCGCCUCGACAGGUCUGACCACACCUGGUAGUAAUGGCUCUGGCGCAGGCUCGGGUGCGGGCGGCUCGGCGACGCGGAAAAUGUUCACCCGCGCGUUUUCCGUGCGCGAGCGGCCGUCUGCCGUGUCGGGGGGGGACGGCGGCGGGAACAGCGUCGGAAGCGGCGGCGGAGGCGGAGGGGGUUUCCUAGACGCGUGUGGGUUCAGUCCCGUGUUACUGCGCGCAAGGAAUGCGGGGAGAGUCGGGCCUGUGGGGGAACACGAGGGGGAGGGGGCGGGUGACACACCCGCCAUGGGGCUCGGCGGGGGGAACGGGGGGAAUGGGGGGAACGGCGGAGUGAAUGGAGGGGGGAACGGGGGAAACGGAGGGCGUGACGGAGGCAAUGGCGGGGGAAAGGUGGGCGGAGUGGCAGCGUGGGCAACACCGAGUGGAAUUGGAAACGAGAAUGCCGCGUUCCCUGUAAUCACCGAAGCUCAGCAGCAGCAGGUGCCGCAGGGGCCGCUUGCAGCAUCCUCGCCGCUACAUCCGCCGCGCCAGCCAGCCUCAGAACGCCACUCGGGACCGCUGUUACACGGCACGGGCCAAAUCCCAGAUUCGCACGCUGAUGCAGCGCGGAAAGGACCUGCAGAAAAGCAGCCAAGUGCGAAACCGAGCGGUUCGUCUAGUAAGGUCGGAAUCAGCGGGCUGCUAUUCAGAAGCCGCAGCUCCAAAAGUGGCAGCCACCGCUGGACGCAGUCGCAGCAGCAGCAGCUGCAGCAGCGGGUAGCAGAAGAGGAGGAGGAGGGCGGGGAGCAGGAAGAGCAGGAGAGAGGGCGCUUGAGCCCAUCCAGUGGCCAUAGGAUCGAGGGUGGCGCGUCAGGGAAGGGAACAGCAGCGUCCAGGAGGGUGGGGGGGCCAAGGCUCACCAAGAGCCGGUCAGAGAAGGCGCCUAGCAGCGCUAUGGGAGGGGCGAGGGGAGGGGCGCGCGGAGGAAAGAGCGGGCACGAGCGGCUGCAGGAGAUUCUCAGCAGCGUGGGCAGCGGGUGGGGCGGACUGCCUUUAACCUCGUCGUUGAGUGGUGGCAGUGUUAGCUCGAGUGGCAGCGGCUUGCGGGGGGGUAGUCUGGUGUCUCGGAGCGCUACUGUAAUGAAGGCGUUCCCCAAGGAUGACCCCACCAAGGCUCCCCACCUGACGGCGUUCCUGGGCUACAAGGCGGGCAUGACGCAUAUCGUCCGCGAGGUCGAGAAGCCCGGCUCCAGGCUGCACAAGAAGGAGGCUGCUGAGGCCGUCACCAUUGUCGAGACCCCCCCCAUGAUCGUCUGCGGUCUCGUCGCGUACGUGAAGACCGCGCACGGCCCGCGCACGCUCACGCACGUGUACGCCGGGCAUCUGAGCGACAACGUCCGUCGCCGGUGGUACAAGAACUGGCACAAGUCGAAGAAAAAGGCGUUCACCAAGUACGCUAAGAAGUUCAGCACUGACGAGGGCAAGAAGGAGAUCGAGGAGGAGCUGGAGCGCAUGAAGAAGCACGCGUCGAUCAUCCGCGUCAUGGCGCACACCGAGGUGCACAAGCUGAAGGGAAUCAAGCAGAAGAAGUCGCAUCUGAUGGAGAUCCAGAUCAACGGCGGCACGAUCGAGGAGAAGGUCGACUGGGGUUACAAGCUGUUCGAGAAGGCCGUGCCGAUCGAUGCCGUGUUCCGCAAGGAUGAGAUGAUUGAUGUCAUCGCCAUCACCAAGGGUCACGGUAACGAGGGUGUGGUGCACCGUUGGGGUGUUACCCGCCUGCCUCGCAAGACCCAUCGUGGUCUGCGCAAGGUCGCCUGUAUCGGAGCGUGGCAUCCGGCUCGUGUGCCGUACACCGUGGCGCGCGCCGGUCAGAACGGUUACCAUCACCGCACGGAGCUCAACAAGAAGAUCUACAAGAUCGGAAAGAAGGGCGACGAGAGCCACAAGGCCAGCACGGAGUACGAUCGCACCGACAAGGAGAUCACCCCCAUGGGAGGCUUCGCGCAGUACGGUGUGGUGGGCGAGGACUACAUCAUGAUCAAGGGGUGCUGCCCCGGCGUGCGCAAGCGCGUGCUGACGCUGCGCCGGUCGCUGCUGAAGCAGACGUCGCGCAAUGCGCUGGAGGAGGUGAAGCUCAAGUUCAUCGACACGUCCUCCAAGCGUAAAGCGGCUCUUGCGGGCAUGGGGCUUGUGUGGAGGGCCGCGAAGAUGCUUGAUGCGUCAUGGCACGAACUGGCGUUCAUUCACGCCAGCAGCAGCACCGUGGGGUACCGACCGCAUGUGCGCUCCACCACGCUCGCUCAUCUCAUUGCCACCAACUGCGGUCCCUUCAUGCUCCCCAUCCUCCCCAUUCGAGAUCGCAUUCGGGACAAGGUGGAGGAGGCAUUCGGCAUGCAGCUGGGGCUGCUGGUGGAGUUCACGGGGAUCAUCAGCUGGCUGCCUGGCGCCACCAUUGGCUGGCAUGCUGACGACAACCGGCCCUACCUCAAGCAACGCGCAUUCGCUGCAGUGUGUUAUCUGAACGAGUAUGGCAAGGACUUCGAUGGAGGUCUUUUCAGGUUUCGACAGGGCCAUCCUCACACUGUCGCUCCCAAGCCCGGGCGACUCGUGGCAUACUCGGCUUCAGGGGAGAAUGAGCAUUGCGUUGAUCCUGUGAUUCGAGGUCAACGCCUCACCCUCACUCUCUGGUUCACACUCGAUCCGUCACACAGUGAAGACCUCUCCCUCCUCACCCUCCUCUCUCGCAUCCCCCUCUCCCUCCACCAUCCCUUCCCUCGCAUUACCCUCAACCCCCCUCCCACGGGGGAUGUGGGACCUGGGAAGGGCCCUGAAGCUGGCAAGAAGGCCGAAGUGGAAGCUGUAUCUGAGGACAGGGGCGUUAGGCAAGUGGUAUGUGGGGCGAACCAGCAGCACUUGGCAUCUGAUGGGCUUGGACAAACAGGUUUGGGGGAGCUGAAUGGGGGGGCGUCAGAGGGGAAUGAGAAAGAGGGGAGCGGAGGGGAUGGAGUGAUGGAAAGGGAAGCUGGCAAUGAGGCAGUGCUGGUGCCCAUACCGCUUGUGGCGUCUAAUUCUCUGUAUCUCGUGCAGAAGGAAGGGCAGGGGAAACUGGGAGAGGGGGAGGAUGGUGAAGUGGAAGGAGGAGAGAAGCAGGGAGGGAGCGAGGGUGGCAGGGAGGGGCAGGGAGAGGGAGAGGUUGAUAUACGGAUACAGGAGCUAGCCAGUAUGGGAUGGAAGGCUGUUCCAUUUCUUCAAAGCAACUGCAAUGCCACGAUGCAGUCACCUCCUGGAAGUGAUGGCGCAGGGUUAGUAAAGACAGAGUCUGAGUGGGUGGCGUUAGUCCCUAGUCCCAGUCCAAGAAGAGACGAGACAAGCCCCUGCCUUCAAUGUCCGGUUUCAGAACUAGGAAAGGAUGGAAAAAAAGCAGGAGAGGUGGAGAAGGAUGUGGCAGGGGGGAAGGAGAGGCAGGGGCAUGAGGCCGGAACUCGUCAAGAAUGCAUUGGUGGUGAUUAUCGUGAGGGGUGUGAUAGCAGAGGGGGAGGAGGGCGAGGGGACUCCGUUGGGGAAAAAGCACGUGUCCUGGCGUCACCGGUUGUGUUCUACAAUAUUCUGCAUGCUUUACAGGUGGCGGCCUUCCUCAAACAUGUGUACGCAGCGGACGCGCGCUCGCAGGCUCAGCCUCCAGGUUCAACGUCAGGGCAAGAGGGCGAGGAUAGGACCAGCCUUGAUCGUAUAGCUGCUCCGUUUGAGUCCCCUCAAGGACUCGUCAGAAGCUCAGGAGACGCAGCGUCAUUGGAGGAUGAUAUCGCUCUUGCAAAUCCGCUUGUUGGGUCGGCUGAAGCAAGUGACGAGCGGAGGGAGGUCGCAGAGAAUGGUGGUGACGCAGCAGGGCAACGGAAGAAACGAAAGAGACAGUCCGCCGCGGGUCUGGGAGCAGGAGCCAUUGCUCUCCCCAGUAGGCAUCUCUACCAUCUGCCUGCAACUUCCUGCAAUGCUGUGCUGGUGUUAUUUGAUGCGGGAAGCAUGUCAUUGGAAGCAGUUGGUCGUGCAACAGAGCAGGCAGAGGUGGAAGGUUCCACUGAAAUUGAAGGAACUCACUUAGAAAGGAUUCUUCCAAAGCUGCUCUUGGACUUCUGA